GACAGUUAGAUGAGGAAUUAUUGAAUGAAUAUAAAUGCUAAAAGGUCAAUGUAGAGUUUCUGGAAAUGUCUAAUCCAUCAGAAACAAUAUGAUUAUCGGAGGAUUUUUUGAAUUCAAAUUGAAAAUAUAAAUAAGUAAGUCCUUUCCAAAUAGCUAUUAGAAGAAUGAGAAAACUCAAAAUAUAGAAUUACCAAAAAGAAUAUAUAUAAAAUAAUUGAUAAGCAAUUAUCAAUAGCAUGACAAAUCUAAUCCUUUGAAUCAAUAUUGUUUAAACAUUACAUAGAAUCAAGAGCAAUAAAUAAAUUCAAGCCAAAUUCAAGCGCUUAUUUGUAAAAUGUAUUAACUUUGGUUCCUAAUUAUACUGUAUGAUCCUUACUUUUAGAGAUUUUUAAAAUUCCAGUGCCAAGUUUAACAGCUAAACACUUUAAUAACAGAUAACAUCAUAGAUUUCCUAAACAUUAACUUUAAUUGAAGCAUUCAAUCAAUCAAUAGAAC